AAAUAAAGCUUGGAUAAAUUAAUUUAUUUUUCAGUUUUGAGACUUGAGUUUCAAAUUUGAAUUUUUCAAUCAAUCAAUACUCAAAGGCCAAAAGUCCGAAAAGCUUAGAUAGACCGUUAGAAUAUGUAACUUAAACGCGUGAUUUGUGAAUAACAACGACAACAUGCCGAAAAAGGCAUGUUUCUGGACGCGUAAGCUUGAAUUACAACUGGUAGAAUUUGUUCGUCAAAAAGAUGUUAUUUGGAAGCAAACAGGCAAUACAAAUCAUCAUAUACAGCAGAAGUACAAAGCGUACGCCGAAUUUGCUUCUAAGCUGGGCCGAGGAUUUACAGCUAGAUCUGUGAGAGAUAGAUGGGUGAAUAUCCGCAGUACAUUCAACUAUAACUUACGAAAAGUGUUAAAGUCAAAAGAAACAGCUAAGACACCAGAGGAAGUCUAUGUACCAUGCUGGAGGUUGUGGAAACCCUUGCAAUUUCUUAGAGAUAGUAACAAGAGUGAUAAUCAGUAUGAGAUGUAUAAUCCCGUUGAUGAAGAAAUAAGCAAUGAAUUGAAACAAGAGACAGAGGAAGAUAAUAUUCUGACAAUCAGACAAAGAGCCCAACCUACAGACAAGCCACUCAACCGACACAUCAAAACGAAAAAUGAUGAUGAAUGCAUAGAAGUUCUUGAUAACUUAAUAAAUGCUAUGUCACCGUUAAAUACAUCUUCCAAGCAUCAACCAUAUUGGUUCUUCGGUAAACAUGUUACGGAGAUGCUGAAUGCUAUGAGACCGGAGGAUGCAUCUUGUGCUGGUCAAGAAAUCAUGAGCUUGAUUGAAAAUUAUGAUGUGAAUACAAAAUGUUCACUGGAGACUUGAAGAUAAACGAUUUGGAGACGGGUUCCACUGAAGUAAUAUUGACUAUUUAUAUUUAAACAUAUAGUAGCAUAUUGUGUAUGAUAUACACUUGUAUGAGUUUAUUUAUUAAUUGGCCUGGCCUAUUUAUCCACUUAGCUUUUGGAUUAGGUCAUUGUGUGUUGCUUACAUAAAUCAGCUCAGACCAGAAAGUCAGCAGCUUCUUUUUUUAUGAAAAUAAGGGAUGAGAGCAGGACAUUCAGCUGAUGGUAAUUAAAAUGCCCUGCCCAACACAAUGCAGUGCCACUCAGGAUUCUUGAAACACCCAAAAAUUCUGAGUGUGUCCCUUAAGACCGAAACAAAAAUGUUUACACAUGACAUUGUGGUACCCAUAAUCUAACCAGGGAAGGAGCCUCCCACUGGUGUGCAAAGGUGCGCCUUUUCAGACUGGGAGCAAUGCUGGAUAUAGGAAGUUCUGGGCCUAAUGUUUACUGGCCACACUUCUGCAGAUUAGUAUGGGCUGUGGAAUUUUGUUCUGCCUCCAUGCAUUUUCUGCAUAAGGGGCUGUCUAUCACACCUAUGGGUAUAUAUGCGCAUAUUUAAGGGAUAGUGACCCUAUGUUGUUUAAGCAGCAGAGUUAAUAUACCCAUGUACUAGAAAUCAAUAUGACAUAUAAUACAAUAUCAUUGAUAAGACAAGCUUUGGCAAGCCAAGGGAUUGAAUUAAACAAUAGUUGCAAUUAAACAAUUUGUAAUUUAUUUUAUUUAUAAUUACUAAUUAAUGUAAUUUUAACAAUAAUAAAUAUGUGAAAUGCAACAUUACAAUAA